UGAUCAAAUUUCCAUCCAACUUGGAGAAUGGAUUCACUACAGACGUUUUUCUUUGUCAUUUCCAGUCCAUUAUCAGCAGCUUUUAACCCAAUCCGUUUUUGAUGGGAAUAGGGAGAGUGGAUUCCCAGAAUGUUGCUGAUCCUUCUCUCCAUCUCCCUGUGUUUUUCCCGGGUCUCUCCCGACACCCACUCACUGACUGUGAUCUACACGGCAGUCUCUGGCAUUAAGGAUUUUCCGGAGGUGACUAACAUUGCGAUAGUCAAUGGAGUUCAACUCAAUUACCAUGACACUAAUGUUCGUCGGAUGGUCCCCAGACAGCAGUUCAUGGUGGACUAUUUUGAUGCAGAAUACUGGCAAUAUCUCACAGGUCUCGGGAAUACACGAUCAGACAUGGCAAAGGAGAAUCUGAAUACAAUGAUGCAAAGUACUAACCAGACAUCUGGAAUUCACACAUUUCAAUGGAUAACAAUUGUUGAAAUCACUGAUGACGGCUCUAUUAAGAGAUCGAUGCGAGUUGGAUUUGAUGGAAAGGAUUACCUCAGCUUAGAUUCAGAUAGAAUGAGAUGGAUCGCAACCAAUCACAAUGCAGUAAAGACUAAAGAGAAAUGGAAUGCUGAUGAAUCCUGGAACAAAUAUUGGGAAACACAUCUCGAGCAAGGGUUUGUUCAGGAUUUAAAGAGAUAUUUGCAAGCUGGAAAGCAGUAUUUUGGAAGGAAAGUUCAGCCUGAAGUGUUCAUCUCCAGGAGGGAGCCCAAUGGUCAGGACAAGCCGCUCACUCUCUCCUGCCUGGUCACUGGGUUUUAUCCUGUAGACAUCGAGGUGACCUGGCUAAGGAAUGGAGAGGUCAUGUCUGAGACCCAAUCCUCAGGGGUUCGACCGAACCACGAUGGGACCCAUCAGAUCCAGAAAGAGAUUGAGAUCAAUGCUGGGGAUGAGGAUCAGUACUCCUGUCAAAUUGAACACAGCAGCCUGGCAGAGGCCCAGCUCUAUCAGUGGGAAGUCCUGAAAAACAGUGCAGGAUAUGCUCAUCUUGGAAUUGUGAUUGGAUUAGUCGCUGCAAUGGCUGCAAUAUUCGGAAUAAUCAUCUGGAAAAAACCCUGGAAAGGUUCACCAGGUGGGACCUACACAACAGCUCCCACUUCUGAUAUGUCUGUUCCAGCUCCUUCAUAUGCUAACACAUUUUCAGUGAUCUUCACAGCAGUCUCUGGCAUUUAUGAUAUGCCUGAGGUUAUUGGGAUUGCAAUGGUCAAUGGAAUCCAGAUUGAUUAUUUUGACACCAAACUCAAUCAGACCGUCCCUAAAUUGCAGUUCAUGGCAGACACUUUUGGUGUUGAAUACUGGAAAUAUAUCACAAGUCUCGUGAAGACACGAUCAGACAUUGCAAAGCAGGUUCUGGAUACAAUGAUGAAAAGUACAAACCAGACAACUGGAAUUCACAUUUUUCAAUGGAUUAGGAGUGUGGAGGUGAAUGAAGAUGAUAAAGUCAGCAGAGGUUCCACAAAGAGAUCGAUGCGUUUUGGAUUUGAUGGAAACGACUAUAUCAGCCUUGAGCCAGACAGAAUGAGAUGGGUUGCUUCCAAUGACAACGCAGUGAAGAUAAAGGAAAAAUGGGAUUCUGAUGAAUCCUGGAACAAAUUAUGGAAAGAGCAUCUGGAAGAAGUAUGCGUUCAGUAUUUAAUGAGAUAUUUGCAAGCUGGAAAAAAAUACUUCAAAAGGGAAGUUCAGCCUGAAGUGUUCAUCUCCAGGAGGGAGCCCAAUGGUCAGGACAAGCCACUCACUCUCUCCUGCCUGGUCACUGGGUUUUAUCCUGCAGACAUCGAGGUGACCUGGCUAAGGAAUGGAGAGGUCAUGUCUGAGACCCAAUCCUCGGGGGUACGACCGAACCACGAUGGGACCCAUCAGAUCCAGAAAGAGAUUGAGAUCAAUGCUGGGGAUGAGGAUCAAUACUCCUGUCAAAUUGAACACAGCAGCCUGGCAGAGGGCAAGCUCUAUCAGUGGGAAAAUCUGAAAAGCAAUUGGCUGCAUUCCCAUCUUGGAAGUCUCAUUGCAUCAAUGGUCAUUCUAUUGGCUGUUAUUGUCGGGAUAGUCGGAAUAAUCAUCUGGAAAAGGUCACGGAGAGGUUCACCAAGUGGGACCUACACAACAGCUCCCACUUCUGAAGUCUCUGGUGCAGCUUCUUCAUGAUUCAGAAUGAUUAUAUUCAUUUACACAGCAGCAGCUUGUGGCUCUUGGAAUCAGCAGAUGUUGAGCUUCAAUUCACUGUGAACUGGGGGAGUUAUGACCAUCCAACUCCCCAACAAGCCUUCCCCAAACUAACCAGGAAGCUCAAAGUGAGGUUUAUUUCAUAUGUGUGUUUCAGAGCUGGAUGGUUGAUAAUGUCUGGGAGUGUUCAUUCCCCGGGAGGAGGGGGGGAUGGGUGAGGGGGAGUGUGAAGAGAGGGCCAGGCAGCUGCUGAGAAUCAGGAAUACUUCACUGACUGGUGACCCAGCAGCUAUUGGGGGGAGGAAAGGGCAGGCUCACCAGCUGAAUGACCCACACAAUCCUUGAGACGUUAUCAGGAGAGAAUCGUAAAGUGACCCCUGACCUGUCCACUCUCCAGGAAUGAGAUUUCAGCUUCAAGUCUAUCCUGCAAUUGGACAUGUUAAUGAUUAUACUGAGAUGAUAACUCUUGACAAAAAGUCAUUGCUCCUGAUCAAUCCUGUCAGAAUCUUUUAAACGAUGUCAGCUAUGUUUUGGUACAAUGUAAUUCUUGUUUGAAAAAUGAUACAGUGCUUGAAUAAUGAGAAUGUAAGAAAUGGGAAUAAGAUGAAAAUGGAUUUUAUUCCUGACUCUCUGUUCCCUCAGUCGCUUCCUGCAAGUCUGUGUCACACUCGUUCCAUCUGCAGGAACAAAAUUCCCGUCAGUUUGAAUGAUAUUCGGUCACCAGGGACAGUCCAAUCCUGGAAUGAAACCUGGGUUCGAGGUGGAAUAUUUGUAGAUGGGGUUCCCAUGCAGGCAGAUGUGAAGUGAAUAUUCCAGGAGUGAUGCAGCUGGUCAAACCACUCCGCUUGAAGCAAAACACAACUUAUUUACACCCUACAGUUGAAACAUGAACAAAAUAAAACAGAAUUCGGAAUAACAGCGAUUUGAAAACCCAACUGACCUGAGAUAGCAACUUAACUAAGGAGCUAUUCCAGUCCCUGUGAUGCUCCACAAACAUAUCUCUUGGCAAAAAGGAAUUUCAAACCCAGGUUCUUACAGGCAGAAGAGAUUGAAGAGAGAAGAGUCAGGCAAGAAAUAUCUGUUGAAGCAUGGAACCUUUUUUUUAAUUGUAGCGGCUUCUCUGCUACCAGCAAGUUCUGACUUCCUGCUGAAAACAAACCAAACUAGAAAAUGACCUGAGCUGGGAGAACUGGCUACUCCCCUGUCAUUGUUUAUAGUAACCGUUUGCAGACAUAUUGGCACCUCUGCCUUUACAACCCGUCUUGAAAAAAGCCGAGGACAGCUUUUAGGUGGACUUCAGUGUCAGGAUCUUGUUUCACCACCUGGUCUCCAUUGGCAGUGUCAGGUAGCUCAGGGGAUGGUGAUUCCAGAUCAUAAUGUGACCUGAGUAUUUGACCCACAUUUCAGGCAGACAGAGGGAUCCAAUGGGUGGAUAGGAAGAAGGAGGAAUUACAGCGAAAGGCAAAUAGACAUUGAUGCAAUGUUAAGAUAGCAACAGUACAUACAUGCACACACUUACACACACACAGACACACACAGACACACACAGACACACACAGACACACACACACACACACACUCACACACACACACACACACACACACAUACACAUGAACACACCGGAUCAUCAACGCCACACUCACAGGAAUCCGAUUCACGAGAGAGGAAGAAAAGGACAACCAGCUCCCAUUCCUAGACGUGAUGGUACAGAGAACAUCGAACGGAGAAUUCACCACAAAGGUAUACAGAAAAGCCACACACACAGACCAAGUCCUGAACUAUGAAAGCAACCACCCCAACACACACAAACGAAGUUGCAUCAGGACAUUAUUCAAAAGGGCCACAACACACUGCAGCACGCCUGAACUACAAAAAGAGGAAGAAGAGCACCUAUACAAGUUAUUCACCAAGAAUGGAUACCCGCGCAAUUUCAUCAACAGAUGCCUUAAGGAAAGACAACGAAAUGAGGACAUGCCACAACCCAAAGGACUGGCCACACUCCCAUAUAUCAGGAGCAUUUCUGAACUGACAGCCAGACUGCUGCGACCACUAGGACUCAUAACAGCACACAAACCAACAGCCACCCUCAGACAACAACUCACCAGGACAAAGGACCCGAUACCCAGCAUGAGCAAAACCAACGUAGUGUACAAAAUCCCAUGCAAGGACUGCACAAAACACUACAUAGGACAAACAGGAAGACAGCUAACAACCUGCAUCCAUGAACACCAACUAGCCAUGAAAUGACACGACCAGCUAUCCCUAGUAGCCAUACACUCAGAUGACAAACAACACGAAUUUGAUUGGGACAACACCACUAUUAUAGGGCAGGCCAAACAGAGAACAGCCAGGGAAUUCCUAGAGGCAUGGCACUCAUCCACAAAUUCUAUCAACAGACUCAUCGACCUAGACCCGAGAUACCGACCACUGCAGCGGACAGAAACUGACAACCGGAAGUGGCAGAUUCAAACCAGUAUAAAUGCCGGAGGAAUCAGCACAGAAGCGCUUCACAGGAGGCUCCCAAGCAUUGAAGAUGUCACCUAGAAAGGGGACGAAACGUUUGCAACAAAAACUCCCAGCUAGGCGAACAGAAUCACAUUAAACAACCCCUCAGUUCAAGUUUAGUCUGCACUGUUGACAGAACCCACAGCUACACAAACAGGGUUCGAAAAAGGUAUCCAAUUCCUUAAUUUGAAAAAAUACAACCAUCCUUGUAAAUCCCUGGGACUAAGAAACCCUGUCCCAAGCAGGUCCUCGUAGUUGGACCGUUCCAUACCACCUGUCCUUCGUGGGGAAGUUUAUGAAGAAAAACACCUUUGACCACAAGUCCAUUAGGAAGUGGUCAGCACGUAGUGUUCUCGAGACCCUUCGGGAAAAGGAGAGGGCGGAUCCUAUCGAGCGGUUCCCUGAGCAGACUGUCAAAGUCAUUUGGCAGAAUGCCUCAUCGCCUGAACUUUCCAACAAGCACCAAGACAUGGCUUGGCUGGUGGUUAGAAGGGCUCUACCUGUGAGAUCCUUUAUACACAUCCGGACUCUCAGCCGCACCGCAUGCUGCCCUCGAAGCGGCUGCGGGGGGCACGAGACUGUCACACACCUCCUUCUGGAAUGUGCCUACGCAGAAGAAGUCUGGCGAGGAAUGCAGUGGUAUUUGUCGAGGUUCGUCCCGAGCAGCGCCGUGAUGCGGGACUCCGUGCUCUACGGCCUGUUCCCCGGGACGCACACCGAGACGAACAUCAACUGUGCCUGACGAUCAUCAUCUCGGUGAAGGACGCUCUCUGGGCGGUCCGAAACCUGUUGAUCUUCCAGCUGAAGGAGUUGACCCCGACUGAGUGUUGCAGACUGGCACAUUCCAAGGUCCAGGACUACGUGUUGAGGGAAUCGCUGAAGCUUGGGGCAGCUGCCGCCAAGGCGCGGUGGGGAAAGACCACCGUGUAACAGCUGCCUGUCUAAAGAAGAUCGGGGGCCCAUGCAGUCGUUUGGGAUCUGCUGACGCCUCGGCUAAAUAUGUGGAUAGUAAUCGUACAGACCUGAAUAUAUGAAUGAUUACUGUCUCUGUAUGCAAAGAAAUUGAAUGUUUACAUAUAUAUGCUAUGACCGAUUGU